AUGGAUAUUGUCCUGGAAGUGUGCGACACUUUCCUCUUCGACCCCCUCUACGCCACAUUGCUUCCUGCGCAAGCAUCCUCCUUCACAGCCAAUGCCACAGCCAACGCAACACUCUCGAGUAUACGGCAGGAGCCCACCGCCUACGCGCUUCCGCACGCUUCGUGGCAGUACGAGCCCGCCACCAAGUACUUCUCCAUUGAACCAUCCAAAUAUGCCUACAUGAGCUCAUGGCCACGCGACGACUGGCGGAGACAGGCCUUGACACUCUACCUCAUCACAUGGCUCUUCGGUGUCUGCGUCUACUAUCUCUUCGCCGGCCUGUCAUACCUGCUCGUCUUUGACAAGGCCACCUUCAACCACCCAAGAUACCUCAAGCAUCAGAUCAAGCUGGAGAUGAAGCAGGCCAACAUUGCCUUCCCCAUCAUGGCCAUCUUCACCGUCCCCUGGUUCCUCGCCGAGGUGCGCGGCUACUCGAAGCUCUACGACACAACCGAAGAAGGCCCCGGGCGCUGGUACGACUAUCUUCAGAUUCCCUUCUUCAUCGCCUUCACCGACCUCUGCAUUUACUGGAUCCACCGGGGCCUACAUCACCCCAUGGUCUACAAACACAUCCACAAGCCACACCACAAGUGGAUCAUGCCUACGCCCUUUGCCUCGCACGCCUUCCACCCUAUCGACGGCUACGCCCAGGGUCUGCCCUACCAUAUCUUCCCCUUCCUAUUCCCACUCUCCAAGAUUGCUAGCGUCGCCUUCUUCGUCUUCGUCAACAUCUGGACCGUCUUGAUCCACGACGGCGAGUACGCCCACAACUCCCCGAUCAUCAACGGCGCCGCUUGCCACACCAUGCACCACCUGUACUUCAACUACAAUUACGGACAAUUCACCACCCUCUGGGACCGUCUCGGAGGCAGUUACAGGAAGCCCAACGAUGAGCUCUUCAAACGAGAACUCAAAAUGUGCCAGGACGAGUGGAACAAGCAGGCAAAGGCCGUCGACAUGAUGGUCGAGCAAGUCGAAGGCGAAAACGACCGCUCGUACCAGGGCGAACCGGAGAGCAAGAAGGUCCAAUGA